GCUUCCAGCCCACCUCGGGCAGCAAGCCCUGCCUCCAGCCCCACCGCGGCUCGGCGGCCCGCAAGCAGUUCUCCUCCCAUUUCUGCCCAGGAGGAGUCAGGGCGGACUGUGAGGGACAAUGAGUUGGGGCUGACAGAGGAGCUUCUCUACACUGAACCGGCGCCAUCUUGCAGUACGGACGGAAAGCUGUGGCGGGCGCCAUUUUGCAUUUGGCCGAGAGAUGAGAAGCGCCCUAUUGCAUUUCACCUCCUGGGCGCCGCCAUUUUAGGUUACGACAUAGCCUCCGCCUUCCCAACCGCAAUCUCAUUGGGCGCCGCCAUUUUGGCUUGCGAACAAGACGGCGACCCGCAGGGGUCCUCACCCCCUCCCUUCCUGCCUUUAGGUGCCUUCAUAAAAUGCCCGUCGAGAAUCCCCUCUUUUUUCGCCCCGCUCCCAAGAUGGCGUCGAUGCGGGAGAGCGACACCGGCCUGUGGCUGCACAACAAACUGGGCUCCACGGACGAGCUGUGGGCGCCGCCGAGCAUCGCCUCGCUGCUCACGGCCUCGGUCAUCGACAACAUCCGUCUCUGUUUCCACGGCCUUUCCUCGGCCGUCAAGCUCAAGCUGCUCCUGGGGAUGCUGCACCUGCCCCGCCGGGCGGUGGAUGAGAUGAAAGGGGCACUGACUGAAAUUAUCCAGCUCGCUACCUUGGAUUCAGACCCCUGGGUCUUAAUGGUAGCUGAUAUUUUAAAAUCCUUUCCAGAUACUGGCUCCCUUAACCUUGAUCUUGAAGAACAGAAUCCCAAUGUUCAAGAUAUUUUAGGAGAACUUAGAGAGAAAGUAAGUGAAUGUGAAACUUCAGCUAUGUUGCCGUUGGAAUGCCAAUACUUAAACAAAAAUGCCUUGACCACACUAGCUGGGCCACUUACUCCCCCAGUGAAACAUUUCCAGCUGAAAAGGAAACCUAAAAGUGCCACUCUCAGAGCUGAACUCUUGCAGAAGUCAACAGAAACUGCACAACAGCUCAAGAAGACUGCAGGAGUGCCUUUCCAUGCCAAAGGCAGGGGACUGGUCAAGAAGAUAGAUACAACAACACCACUCAAAGGAAUACCAAAACAAGCUCCCUUCAGGAGUACUUCAGCUCCCAGUGUUUUUAGUCCUUCUGGAAACAGAACUCCUAUUCCUCCUUCAAGAACACCUUUACGCAAAGAAAGAGGAGUAAAGCUUCUAGAUAUCUCUGAGCUGGAUAUGGUAGGUGCUGGCCGUGAAGCAAAGAGAAGAAGAAAGACAUUAGAUACGGAAGUUGUGGAAAAGCAAGCCAAAGAAGAAACAGUAGUAGAAAAUGCUACCCCAGAUUAUGCUGCUGGCCUUGUAUCUACACAGAAACUUGGCUCGUUGAACAAUGAGCCUGCACUACCUUCUACAAGUUAUUUACCUGCUACCCCCAGUGUGGUGCCGUCUUCCUCCUAUAUCCCAAGCUCUGAAACACAGCCAGCUGGUUCUGCACGAGAGGCCUUGCAGACCAACAGGCAGACAGAAGAGCCUGCAGCUCCAAAUGCUACUACAACUCUCCCUGCACAGUUCAAACAAAGAACACCCAUGUACAACAGUAACUCUAAUCCCCCUGCAGCUACACCUACCUCACCCCUAACACCCACCACACCUCCUGCCAUCUCCCCUGCGGCACAGGCACCACAAGUGGCCCCCCAAACUCAGCAACAGCCACCACCGAAGAAAAGCCUCUCUCUCACAAGGGAGCAAAUGUAUGCUGCACAGGAAAUGUUCAAGACUGCAAACAAAGUUACAAGGCCAGAAAAGGCUCUUAUACUUGGAUUCAUGGCAGGAUCCAGAGAGAAUCCUUGCCAAGAGCAGGGUGACAUCAUCCAAAUUAAACUGAGUGAACAUACAGAAGAUUUACCAAAGGCAGAUGGCACGGGCAGCACCACUAUGUUGGUUGACACAGUCUUUGAAAUGAACUAUGCUACUGGUGAAUGGACCAGAUUCAAGAAGUACAAACCUAUAACUAAUGUUUCCUAAGAGAUGCAGCUGCAGCAGACUGGACCAAAUCAAGUUUAGAGUCAACCAGCUCAUAGAGUAUGUCAGCUGUACAAAAUGGCAUUCAUGUGUACAUUUCUUAUUACCCUCCAGAGUAGAAGCUGUGCUCUUCAACCAAACUGAGCUCAGUGAACACAGAAGUGUUUGAUGGUGUCAAACUCACUUAAAUUUUUUUUAUUAAUCUUGGGAGAGGGAAAGAUGAUCCUGGGGGGGGCUGGGGGUACAUUGUUGGUGUGUUUUUAUUCAGGAUGAUGUGUUGGAAGCUCAGGAUGCUGAAAAAGGAGAUCACAGCUGAAAGGUUACAGAUGGGAGUAGUUCACUGCUAACUACCAGAAGAGAAGACUACUGCACAGUCACUCACGGUUUACUCUUAACUGAGGGCACAGAUCUUUAUCAUAAAAACAUUGUCUUUGGCAACAUGAGUUCUGUCAUAAGAAUGGAUAUUUGAAGCACCACAGGUCAGUACUUGAUAAUUUUGUAUCUCGGCUGCAGUAUAACUAUUGCAGAUGGUAGAUGUCAUUGUCUAAAGGUACCCACUGUAUGUUUAGCUUAUUUAUGCUUGGGUCAUAGGAUGAAAUUGAGCAGCUUUGUUUUAGCAGUGGGAACAAAGCAACAUGGACCCCCUUAUGCAUCCAAAGGAGAUCGCUUUAUUGUAGAAAUUGCUUCUUUUUAAACCUUUAAUCUCAACCUGACAUAACUGAAACCAAACUGAGACCUCACAGAACUUGGUCCUAACAGGACGAAGGCACCCAUUGGCUGGCUCAGCUGCCGUGCUGCUGCCCACGUGUCCGGUCAUCCAAUCAGCUUCCUGCUCACGCGCUGUCCGCGUGUUCCCCCAGCCAAUCACACUCUCCCUUCCAGCUGUCACUCAAUGACUCUCUCCUCACCCCGACUGCCUCUCACCCCUCAGCUUCUCCCACCCUCCAGCCUGCAGCUCUGCCUUUCCCAUGGGGCCUUCUGGGGAGCAUAAGCCUUAACCACCUCAGUAAUUAUUACCCCAUAUCCUACAUAUCCCCCCUCUUUUUUAUUAAGCAGCAAAAGCCUAGUAGGAAAAGCCUAAACAAUUCCUAAGACAUUAGUAAUGGUGACAAUAAUAACAACUUUUCAAAAACUGUUAACAUAGGCUUCUCCUGUGUGAGCAGUAACACUUAACAGGAACAUUAUUCAAUUAUUCAUUCAUUAUUUGAAUGAAAUUUACAAGGUGAAACUUACAACUGCCUAUAUGGUUUGCUAUCAGCCAGGGUCUGCUAAGGAGCCUUCUUUUCACAAAUGAGGACUUGGAAGGCCUCUUCCAGAUGAGGCUUCUAUGUUUACCUCAAAGGAAUGUGGUCUAGCUUUUGCAAAGCUAAAUCAGUGAAUCUUUUUUUUUGUACAGAAACACCUGGGUUUGGUAGUAUACUUUUCCUUGCCAGUCAAGGCCAUAGCUUGGCCAGAGCUAAGGCUUAGACUGGGAAGGCAUUCCUAUCAUAUGAUUAAAAGAAAUCUUCCAUGAUAACUCACAGAACAGCCAGCUUUAUCAUAAAUAACUUGUAAAUGUAACUAUGUACAUAUAUAUACAACUCCUUUGAAAGUACCAUUUAUUUACCUUUUUGUCACAAACAAACAAAUUCAAAACUAUCAAAGGAAACAUCUCUUUGUCUCAGACAAACCUACAGGUGCCAGGCAGGUUUGCUUCUCUGAGGAGGCAAGGCAGAGGUACAAGGUCCUGGUGGCUAGCAGCAGUAAUGCUGGGCUCUGUGUAAGGGCCACGUGGCUGUGCCGCUGCACUGCCCCAUGGGUUUAUCCAGCCACAGUAGAGAUAUCUGUGCCACUUCACUCAGGCCACUCAGAGACAUCUGCAGCGUGGCAGUGCCUGUGCCAUGGGAGCCACCUGCUCACUGCUGGCAGCCCUGUGCCCCAGAAGAGUGCAGCCCAUGCCCCUUGGCUGCUUCUGCUGUUGGCGGCCCCAUGCCCUCACUGCUGCUUCUGGGUGAAUGUAUGAGACAAGUGUGCUGGUGACAGCCACUGGGCCAGCUGUGCCAUUGUCGCUGGGCCACGCUUUGUGCAUGAUGUUUCCAUACUUGAUGGGCUGUCAGUCCCUGAUGUGCCUGUGGCUGGCCAACAGACCACCUGCAGCGAGCCGAGCACGGUCAAUGUGGCCACCAGGCCCAUCCCAACCCACACCCAGCCAGGACCCCCCACAUAUGUGUCCAAAACCUGGACAUGGCUCAAGCCUCUGCUAGAGAGUUAGUAUUAUGAGCAGUAGUUCCCGUGUUUUGGCUAUAACCAUAUCUGCUCUAUCACAAGUAUGUGGGUUAUGAACAGCGAGCAGUGCUUUUCUACAAUCUUCGUUAGCAUUUGUAAAUGCAAGCUGCUGCAACAGAAUGACUCUGGCCUCAUCACUGUCAACUUGCCAGGAGAGCGUGGCAUGCAGUCUGUCCAGGAACUGCACAAAGGACUCCACUGGACUCUGUAAAAUUUUAGCAAAAGACAUACUAGAAUUGGUACCCAUCCCUGGGAGUUGCUGCAGGGCUAGGUGAGUGAUGGUAUUACAUACAUCAGGCAGGUAGCCUGCCUGAGCUGCAGGGACUGCAAAGGGACCCUCUACUGGUCAGCUGCACAAUGGCAACUGGCGCAUUUCUGUCCUGCAGUGCUUCUGCCUGGGUUGGACACAGCUCUCUGCAGUUGGUGAGCCAGACUGCAAACUGAGUCACCGUUAGAAUCAUUUUCCUGGUACUUUUCCAGCCAUGGGGUGUGAAGACAUACGCGGUACUGAUAGACUAGAGGUAGCUUAGAGCGCGAUGGGAGGAUAUGCUGCUUUCUUUUACUAGCGCUCUCGGUUCCUUACUUACUUUCUAGUCCAGCUCUCAGCACACUGGGCGUUGCUUCAGUGUCUGUAUUACUGGGCAGGCCAAAGCAACUGCCAAGUCGCCCUCCUUCAUGGUGGCCUCCCCUGUUUUUGCCAAUGCUGGACUACUGCAUCGCCAUCUUGGGCAGGAAAUGAGUCUGCCGCCCGCUCGCGAUGUGGGAAUGCUGCGCCCAAGGGUCCAGACACACAGGGAUUUUUAUUGGGGUAAGGCAGUUCCGUGGGGCUUGGGUUAGUCUUGGGAUAAGGGAAUUCUUUGGGGUUUGGGUCCAUCUUGGGGUUGUGUAUGGGUUCUGGUGGCACUGAGGGUUCAGGAGAAUUAACUUCCGAAGCCGUGUAAUGGCUGACAUUUGUGUGACUUCUUUUGAUAGCUGCCAUGAUUGUCCCCAUGUAGCAAGGUGCUCAUAAGCUUCAGCAUUGCAGUCCCUGGUGAUACCAAAAAGUCUCUGCCCUGUUGCCUGCCAGGUUUCUGAUCAAAGAGGCCCACUAAAGGGAAAAGCUUAACUUGAUUACACACCCAGUCCAGCAGGGUGCUUAAUUUUACAUCAGCCAUAUCAAUAGAUUGCUGAUGUAGGAGCUGUCUGACCUGGCCCAAGCUCCUGCUUUGUUCCUCUGAUAUUCCACCUCCCAUACUUUCUCCUCCCAGUGGGGUGUGCGUACUUUAAAUCCCCAAGUUCCUUCCCAAGGUCUUCCCAGAUCCUGCCUGGCCCGUUCCUUGACCUAGUGGGAGCUGCUACCGGAGUGGGCCGCACACCCUGCAUCACCUUUAUAGGUCCCUGUUCGGGCCAGCCAGCAGUGGGGAACAAAGCGACACGGACCCCCUUACGUGUUCAAAGGAGAUCGCUUUAUUGUAGAAAUUGCAUCCUUUUAAACCUUUAAUCUCUUUAACCUUUAAACCUGACAUAACUGAAACCAAACUGAGACCUAACGGAGCUGAACAGAACGAAGGCGCCCAUUGGCUGGCUCAGCUGCUGCCCACGUGUCCAGUCAUCCAAUCAGCUUCCUGCUCACGUGCUGUCCGGGUUCCCCCAGCCAAUCAGCUUCCUGCUCACGCGCUGUCCGUCUGGUCAUCCAAUCAGCUUCCUGCUCACGCGCUGUCCGGGUUCCCCCAGCCAAUCACAGUCUCCCUUCCAGCUGUCACUCAGUGACUCCUCACUGCCUCUCAGCCCUCAGCUUCUCCCACCUCCAGCUCUGCCUUUCCCAGGGGCCUUCUGGGGAGCAUAAGCCUUAACCACCUCAGUAAUUAUCACCCCAUAUCCUGCAUCUUGUUAACUCUCCAUAUUGUCCAUGUACAUGUCCAACAUGAGUUAAUCUUCAUUUGGCAUUAUUUCAGACAGACAGAAACUGAAUGUCAUAACUUUAUGGGGAAAAAAGUCCAUCAAAUUUAUAAAAGUAACUGUGGCUUGUUGCUGCUUGGAAGUGAUAGUUUCUUGCUGUAGGAGUUUUGGGGUAGAAGUUGAUCUAUGGCUUUUGCAUAAGAAGCCCUUUGCACAGCAUAACUUACCUGGAGGAAGGGAAGCAACUACAUCUCAAAACUAGUUGGAGCUUAAUUUAAAAAUGGCCCCAGAAAUGGUUGAGACACAUCUGAGUAGAAGUAGUUUUGUUGUCUUGAGGAACUCUAUGUUUGGUUGAGCAGUCAAAAGCUGCUUGAUUGCCAAACCCUGACCCAAAAAAAUUUUAAAGACUGUAGGUGUGGUUCUUACCAGUGUAGUUUUAUCAGUAUAAUUACUAAUGUCCCCACAAUUAUAUUGGCAUAUAAAUGUGCCUUGUACUUGUCCCCUGCUAGAAGAAGCACAUUUUUAUCUUUAUAACUGUGUUCAUACCACUGGUGUAAUCCGGCUUUGAUGCUACAAGCAAAGCUGGCAUUUACUAAGAGGAUUUAUUACAUAAGUCAGGAUUCCUUCUUGGGAGACUUAGCUUCAUCAUUUGAAGGAGUCUUGAAUUCAGUGUCUGGUUUCUGCCAGUACUUGUGUGUGGAGCUGUGUUUGGUUGGGAAUGCUGCUUAGAAAGAAGAAAUUCAAAGAUGAGGAAAAGAGUGGUCAUGUGUUGAGGAGGUACCUCAGGCUGACUUAAAGAUUCAUGCUGAAGUGGAACUUUUAUGACUAAAUGAGGCUUUUUUUUUUGUUUGUUUGUUCCUUUUUUCUGAAAAACAAGCAGACCAAAUCCCAUAGUACACUUGUAUACUUAUAAAGACAUUUAGAUGUCUGAUUAGAAUCUUUUUUUAUUGGGGAAUUUUUUACUGCAUUUUAAUCUUUGUUUUUCAAUCAAACUACCCAACAGGACAGGGAAAGUAUAAAUAUUAUUUUAAAAAAUGCCCUGUAUUCUGCAGUGUUUUAAGAUGUGACCAAAAGUGUAGAUUUCUUAGCUUUAUUUAAGCAAAUACACAGAAUGUUCUAGCUCCUGUAACAGGCAGGUUAUUUGAUGGUAACUGCUGCUGUUACAGAGUGUUGUGCAUGUUUUAGUGUGAAAGUUGCUCACAUAUAACUGUCACAUCGGGGCUGUCCCCCCCAGAAUUACCCAUUUCAGAAACAAUGGAGAUUGCAAUUUUGAUUCCAACUUUUCUUUUUAAACAGCUAGAAAACAGCUUGACAAGUGAGGGUGAGUAGUGAAUUUUAGUUUUUAGAGUUUAGUAGAAUGUGUUAUGGUUAUAACUUAUUUGGUUUUAGAGUGUUACACAGUGAGGGCUAAUGAUAGGACAUGAAAGUAUUCAUCUUCUAGGAGAAAGGUUUAAAGAAAAGUGACAUUCCUUUUGUUGUCUGCAUUCAGAUUUUAAAGUUUCCUUGUGAUGACCAGUUUUCGGUACAUGUGUGUGAUACUUCUGCCUUAAGUGUUCCUGCUUGCUAGAUGAGCUGCAAGUAUCAGACACAGUUGUUAAAAAUGAGCAUUUAGAAAAUUGGCUGGCUUGAGGGGUGUGUACUGUCAUGUAUUGUAAACUGUUGAUGCAAGACCUGUGCAGUUCAGUCAUGGUCAGGAGCUGCUGUGUGGUGGCUCUUUUGACUUCCUUGAGAUUAAUGGUUGGUCCCUCACUAAACUUUCUGCAGCCACAGAAGUCUGCAUUUCAGACCUGUUUUUGGGAGGAGAUAGCUGUCCCUCUGCUCUUCAAGAAGCCCUUCUAGAAUGCAGUGGAGUCAUUUGAGUGCACUAGUAUGUAGGAAGCUUAACCGUGCUGCUGUUUGUAAUUGCUGCAUAGUGCAGUCUGUCUCCACCCUGUUUGUCUAAAGUCAGUCAUAGGCAAUAAAUGGAAAUUUUAAGUAGAACUGUAGUAUAUUUUUAAUUCUGUUAACUCAUUAGGAUAAGACAAUUUAACACUGCAAAAUUAAUUUUUUUAAGUCACUCUAUGACCCUCAAUACCAGAAGAUUACUUCAACUUGAUCUGUGAAUGUAUAAAGUGUUUAAAUGCCUAAAGAGGGGAAGUUUCUGCAACAUCAUUAAAAUCAUACAGUGAGAAAUGAAACUAUAUGCAGUUCUUUGGUUCAGUGAAUGAAAUCAUCAAAUUUGUGUGCUGAAAGUAGGAAUAAUGCCAGACAAAUCAGAAAGGGAAACUUCAAAUUGAAAUUCCAAUAUAUUGGAAUUGUUACAUACAGAACAAAAUCUGGCCUUGGAACUUGAUUUUUUUUUUUUUUUUUGUCUUGAAUACUCAGUCACUUGGAUGUGAAGCUAUUCAGUGAGGCUCAGUGUGUGCUGUAAGGUUAAACAAAAGCAUUUAUUUAUUCUAGAAUUACUUGUAGAUGUACUGAGUUGACCAAAGAAGUAAUUCAGAGUUUUCUUAAAGCUUUGCUUUUGUCCUUUCCUCAUGCCUUUACCAAGCAUGAAGUUUUAGGAAAUAGCAAGCCCAAAUUUAAGAACUUUUGACUUGAACUGCACCUCAUCAAGGGGGAUGUCCCAGUCUCUCUUGCCCUUGCUUGUAGAGAAGCUCCUGUCUGUGCAAGCCUAGGCACGAUGUGAAUUAGGUUCUUUGAUUUGAGUAUGAAAUAUUGGAGAAAGAAGCAGUGAAACUGGCGUGUGUUUUCCCUGUCCUGUCCAGACUUUGUUUUUAGGGGAAAAAGAGCACAUUCAUCUUACCAAGGGUUCUUCAACAGCUUGUCCUAUAGUGAAGUGCUGGGUUUCUGAAGGCUCCAUUUUCUUUCAUGUGUGCUGUGAGGACCAGAAAGAGUGAAAUGAGUGUAAUGAUGGAAGGGAGCCCAAGAAGGAUGCUGAGAUCACAGAUUCCAUCUUUCUGUUCAUUCUUUUGCUACUCUAAUGCUUUGUAGUUACCUCCAUAUAAUCCAGUCUAGGCUUAGUACAGUUAACACUCUAGUAUUGGGCUGGUAUUUUGUGGGUUAACCUGAUUUUCAGUGCUGGCUUUGCCAUUGAAUCUUUCAGUUCAAUACCAUAGGAUCCUGGAUACAGUGGAGAGGAGCCUUUGGUAAUUGCUUGACAUCUCCAUGUGGAAUUGGUCGCUUCUCUCACAAGUUGUUUCAAAGUGCAGACCACUUGUCUAGAUAAAAUAAUCUUGAGACUUUGACAUCAUAUGGUUUAAGAGUGAAUCACAUUUUCAUAGUAAGAUCUGACUGGAAAAAAAAAAGACUAAAAAUGUUAAGCCAGAGUCCUCUGGGAAUCUGGUGCCUUUAACAAAAACUGUCAUUUUGUAAAAUGUCACAUCUAUAGCAUAGCCCGUAUGUUUUCUAUUGGUUUUUGUUUGGUUUUUUUGUACAGAUGUAAAUUCAAAAUAUUCUGUCUUUGGGUACGUAUUUUCAGUGUAAUACAGUAUGUAUAAUAAAAAAUUUAGAUUUUCUAAGGAA